AUGCUUAAAGUCAAUAUAGUUAGAAAACAAGAUUCACUGAAGUCUCAUAGGUUUCUGCAAUUACUUAUGCAACUGAAUAACUUGGUCUCACUGAUUAAUCUGAAUUUCUUCUUAUUGAUUUAAGAGAUCAAGAUGAAUUUUAAAUGUAUCACAUUAAAGAAGCCAUCAAUUUCCCUGCUCCAUUACUCCGAUAAGAUAAGCUAACUCAAUAAAUAUAUAGAUUUGUAAGUUUUUUAUGAUAAAACUAUUAAUAGAAAAAUCAAGUAGGCAAACUAAUCAUAAUUUAUCAUUUUGAUGAAAAAAAUGGUAUACCUUCUGCCACACUCUUUGCUGAAAAAGGUUUUGAGAAUGUUUAUCUUCUAAGUGGAGGAAUAGAAAAGUUUCUCUAAAAUUAUCCUGAAGCUGUAAUUGGAACAAAAGUACCUACUUUUCAAAAACCAGAAUGUAUUCAUUUAUUAUAAAAUAUAUGCAGAAAACCCUAAUAAAAUUAUAAAGAGAUCAAAUUAUAAAGAGAGUGAAUCUUAAAUAAAUAAAUCAGUAUAAGCUAUUAGUGACACAAAAUCAUAAAUUAGUUAAAAAUCUAAAAUUACUCGAUAAUCAAGUACUUAAAAAUAGCAAUAAUAAUAAUAGCAUUCAUAAUUCAUAGAUAAAUGAUUUUAUUAAUAAAUUAUUUAUAUUGUAAUUAUAGAUUCGAAUUCUUAAUCAAAAUUUUAAACUUCAUUCUAUCGAUAUUCACACUACUUAUCGACUACCUAUAAAAAUUAACCCUAUAGGAGUGCAAUACUUAGAAUUUUUAGAUAGAAGAAAUUUGGAUGAAAAAUUGAAUCAACCAUUUUGUUUAGAAAAUAUGCUAAAAUUAACAAUUAUUUUUAUGAAACUAGUAAUGAAUAGUAUGAUUUAAAGUUGAUUAAGAUGCAGAAAACUAUAGAAAAGGACUUAACUUAUGGAAAAAUAAGUAUAUAAAAUACUAACAUUAAGAUAUUUCAAUCUAGAAAACUCAAGAAUUUGUUAAGAUGAUAUGGAUUUAAUUUUUAUUCCCAAAAAAAAUAAAUUUGUAACUUCUAAAUAGCAAUGUCUUUAAUUCUAAAUGA